UCCAGUAUCAUCCCACUGAAUGAGAAAGGCGAAUGUAGCUGUAUGGAGAUUCCAAACACCGAAGCUGGUCAUUGUUCUCUCUCCUGGUACUUCUCAACCUUUCGUUAGUGGCUUUAAGGCACAUGGCGAAGAUGUUUCAACCUGGACUCGGAGAAUCCUGCAGCUGGUUGUACUGAAGUCUGUCUGCAGUUCAUUGAGAUGCAGAAUCUCCAGGGCUGCAUCAAAGCGAGAUCGAAUUGAGAUCCCGCAUGAUCUCACCGGGAGAAGAUGAACAAGAUCCAGACACCUGACGGUGCUACGGAAUGCAUUUCGGAAAUAAUCGCGAGAGUUUCAUCAGUGCGCUGACAUCUCGCGAAUCGGAUGGAAGGACGUUCCACAACCGGGAGUGUAUGCCCCAUCCAUCGAGUCGAGAGAUGUCAUCGUCACGAUGUAAUUAAGAGCCCAAUCUCCAGCGCUUCAGGUCUCCAUUCUGUGACUUUUUCAUGUGAUCCCAAGCCGACGAAGAAAAGUUCUCCAAAGCACCUCCUUUAGUGAUUGCUUUACAAAAGAUCAGGUAAAACCUCGUUGGCCUCGUUUCCUUUUCAUGUUUUGAAAUCAGGUCGGCCAAAAUUGGAGGCCAUGAUCGCGAGCAGACAGUCUCGAAUCUGCUCCAUAUUUUCGCAGGCCCGGAGGAGCUUCAGUGCCACUCCACGACUAAUAUUUUGUUCCCCUUGAGCAGUGUCUUUGGCUUGAGCUUCACAGGUUGUGAGGAGAGAGUUGAAUGGAUGGAUCUGAAGGUACGUCAAGCUACUCAGAGCUUGAACUGCACGUUCUCUGCUGCGAGAAGGAGCAUCGGAUCUGCUGAUGAUAAUUGAAGAUGAUGGCGACCUGGCGUCCGAUUAGAUCAACGCUAGCGUUCGUACUUAUCUGCACAUUUACACAAUACAACUAAUUUUUCAGCAUGAGUGGCUGCUCUCAAAGUCGUAUGCAUCAACGUUUGAUAUGUGUAAUGCUGCUAAUUUGUUGUCAUUCGUAUCUAUCUGGUCAGUGGCGUGAGGAUCAACUGCCACAGACAGACAGACACAUAGAGAUUUCUCGUACUAUCCAUUCUGGGACUUACACUUCGUUCCAGUUCAUGUUCAAAGCCGCUCUUUGCCACCAUGUCCGUGAUCAUCCUCAUGUCUUCAUCUCUUGGGAACCAUUUCUUUCUUCUGCCCAUGACUUGAGCCCACAUGGAAAGACUCGUGUUGACAUGUGGCGGACAGAUUGCAUCACAAAUGUGGUUUUUGAGAGUGUUUAGAAAUCUGGGCUCAACUGAGAGUAAAUAUGAGUGAGAUAGAAAUACAAUAUACUCGUACGGAAGUAUAUCGAGGAGUAUCAAGAGUACGUACCCUCUGUAAAUACAUACCUCGGAUACACGUGGAUGAGGAUCCCUGUCUUGAGUCCUCGACGAAUCUAGUCAGCUCG